AUGAAGGACAUCGGGCAGAAGAGGAAUGAAGUGGUCAUCACCUUUGAGGAGAACCUGAAGCUCCGGCGCCUUUCCCAGGCCGGCCAGCAGCUGAUCCAGGUGGAGGAGCGUCUGUUUGGGAGAGACACAGAAAACAAAGAGAAGGGGAGCAGGAAGGAAGAGGUGGAAAAGCUGAAGACAGAUUACGAGGCCCUUCUUGACCAGAUGAGGCUGGCGGUGGAGGCGUCGCUCUGCGCGGGGCCAGAAGAUCUUGAGGCCCUGAGAGCAGCGGUGAGCAGCAUGCAGCAGGAGGAAAGGCAGGAUGAGAGGUGGCGCGAGGAGCCGGGGGCGGAGGCUCCAGCGUGGAGGCCCAGGCGGUGCAGGCAAAGCCAUGACACCCUGCUCCAGAGCAUGGUGGAGGGGCGUAUGAGCAACACUGAGGAGGUGAGCGGGGGAGAUAACCUGUCCUCCUCCCUGAAGAGGGACCUCUGCAAGAUGGGCCUACGCGUGAAGGAGGACCUGCUGAAGGUGGCCCGGGACGUGAAGAGAUGCUACCCAAAGGAAAUCGACAUAUGCAACAUGUAUGCCACGCUGUAUCACCAAGCCUUCUCUGCACAUUUAAAGGAGAUCACCGACUUCGGUCUGGAUGUGGAAGAUUGUAUUUACCUCCUGUCCUGGGUGAAUGAUUAUUACCCAAAUGAUAUACUAAAACACAAAGAACUUGCAGAGGAAAUUAACUGUGAAUCACUGAAAGCCCUGUUACCUGAGGAGGUAGCCAGACCACUGGAAGAGCAGUAUCUCUCACACAAAGAGAUGAAGGUGAAGACAUGGGUCUCUGCUGCCUUGAAGAAGGAAGAGGCAUCCUGGCUGAGUGGGGCUAUGCCUGAACUCAGAGACAAACAUUACAUCAGUUCCAUUGCCAUUGAUGUCAUACAGCUCAUUGAUGCGGCAGUUAGAGAGGCCAGCACUAUUUUGGGUGAGCUGAGCAAAGCCCGGUCCAUCAUGUGUCAGCUGAAGAGCUUCUUAAUGAGCUAUAAGAGAUGCCUGGGAGAAUUCAUGAAAGGAAAACGUGGAAAUACUAAAGCGGUGAUAAAGGCCAACCUGACCAGCAUUGAACAAUUCAGAGACUAUAUUGUGAGAAAGGCUGACCUCUUCUCAGAAGAGAUGAAGUCCCAUUGCCUGUCUGUAGUGACAGACAUGGAAGAUUCCUGCUACCUAUACCUCUCCAGGGUCAUACAUGAAGAUCUGAAGCCACGAUAUCGCAAGCUGGGGACCCAGGCGUGGCUAACAGGGAACAGCCUUGUGCUGAUGGAGGUGCUGGAAGGGGUCAAGAGUCACACUGAGGCCUGCAAAGAUCUGAAGACCAGCUGCUUCGAGGAGCUGCUCGGCCGGCUGCAUACGGAGGUGACGGUGGAGUAUGUGAAGAGGCUGCUGAAGAGGAAGCUGAGGCUGAAGGACAGAGUGCAGCAGGAGACAGCUGCCAAGCUGCUGUGCGAGGACAACACAAGACUGCACACAUUCUUCACUGAGGAGGGCUCAAAACAGGAGUGGCUGGGUGCCAUUAUUCCAAAAAUAGCUGAAGUGCUGAAGGUGCAGGACCCAGGUUUCAUCCAGCUGGAGGUUGUGACCUUGGCACGGGACUACCCUGACCUCAGUGAGUGCCACGUGUCCGCCCUGCUGUACCUCAAGUACCACCUCUACACCUCAGACAUCAAGAGGAUCAAGGAGAGUCUGCGGGAGAACCGGCAGCCAGUAGGCUCCGAUAGCUCCAGGAUCUUCUUCUCCAGAGUGACGGUCAAGUCCAAGAUCAUGUGA